GGCGGCUUGUCGGGAGACCAAAAGUUGUUGGUUCCUUCGCCUCGGGUUAUGAUUUGUGUUUCUGAAGAGUGUCUAGAGUAGUAGAAUCGGUUUGACUUUGCCAGCAACAAUCUAUUGAAUCCUCUUGGUUUUCGAAUGCUCCUUGACACGGCUUGUCCAUCCGACAGUUUCCCGAGAGAAGACAGGGUGCACCGGUGCUUGCGUCUUUGGAGCAGUGCUGUCGAACCAUUCCGUACUAGCCGGAAUAGAGGAAGGAAUUGCUGACGGAAUCAAAUCGUCGAGUCAAUCUAUAACAAUGGAAGAGACACCGAAUGCGGUUCACAAUGGCGGCAUGUCUUCAGAAGCAAGACGAAACUUGAUUGAGACUGCCGCUUCUGCUGCUGCCGCUGCCACACCCAGAGAUAAGGAAAAUGCUGGCGCCAAUAGCUCUCAGUCCGCCGAAGCCCCAAAGACAUCAUCCACGGCGACCGCCAGUGCGACAGCUCAAGCUCCUCCUAUCAAAACACCGGCUCGCACACGAUUAACGGGACAAACUCCACGGCAAAAGAUCAGUCCCUCCUUCUUCACCGCAACCACUCCGUCCCCUGCCGCCGUAGACACUACUACUUCUUCCAUCAUCAACAACAAUAACAACAAGCCACAGCCAAGACAUUACACAAGUCCAGCAGCAACGCCAUCCUCCUUUCCAUCGACCAAAUCACCGCCGGGCACUUCCCAAGUUUUACGAAAACACUUUCAAAGCUUGGGAUUCUCCACGCCACCAGGGAAACAUACUCAACAGCGCCUGCUGUCUACGGGGGCUGUUCGGUUAACUCCGGCCAAUCGGAAAAAUAAUAAAGGGAAUCAUCAUCAUCAUCCACCAACUAUGAAUAGCAAACGCAUUGGUUUUGAUGGGACAAACUACACGCCUUCCAAGGAACUACUCAAGUCCACGGCUUCUUCUAGGAAUCAACGCGUCUUGGGGUUGCACGAUAUCUCCAUGGAUCAGCAGAAUCAGUCUGUAGAAGUACACACAGAACAAGACGAGGAAGAUGAUGACGACGACGACGAUUUGCCACUGGAGCCACAUCAACAACAACAACUGCCAUAUCUAAUGCAACCCGUACCAGAAGCAUCCAUGAUGGACGAUGACACGGUUGCGAGCUCGGCUACUGUAGAUGACGCUAGCUUUGACAUGUCACUUCCUAGUAUGAACCAAAACUCUUCCUUCUUGAGCAAUACCUCCAACAUUCUCCCGGCACCACACUCUCCGCUCACGCCUCGAAUGGGUUGUCUCAAUCCGGUGGCAUUGACAUUGCUCAACGAUGGCAAGGAAGACUACAACUACUUGCUCACACAGGAUGCGCUCUACCCGAUACCCAAAGUGGAAGAUACGAUGGAUAUUGUCGGUGUCACUACUCCUGCAAAGUCUUCCUGUUUGUCACCUACCUUUGGAGCCCAAAGUCCUGCUGAAGUGCGGGCCACGUUGUCCCAAAAGGUCCGGUCGACAUUGGCCAGACCGGUGGCCAUUCUUCCCAAAACGGGGCGUAUUUCUCCGUCACAAGCUCACGCGUCUCCCCGCCUACUGAUGAGACCUCAGCCCAAGCAUGUCAGGUAGCCUGGAUGCAACUACUUGAAUGAGAAAGUUGCAGCGGACAUGGUUAAGGUUUGCGUUGUUCAUGGAUAUCUUUCUCUUUUUGGAACUCCAAGAGUAUAGUUAGUUGGGUUAUGUUGAUUUUUUUUUAGUUGUUGGUACGGUACGUAUGGCUAGUGAAGUGUGUUUUAAUUGGUACGUAUAAAGAACCAGUUCGUUGG